UCAAUGGCAAAUGGAAGUUCAGAGCAGAAGCGUUCUCAGCAAAACCAGCACCAGGCGCUCAUCACGCUCCGAAAGGAACAAGAUCGGCGCUUCGAAGCCCUGGUGCUGGCCCAGCAGGAAGAUCGCGAGGCGUUCCGGCAUCUCCUCGCGUCGGCGGGGUCCACCAACAUCCCGGCCGCGGGCCCGUCUCCCCUCACCGUGACCAAGAUGGGCCUGCAGGACGACCCCGAGGCGUUCCUCGCAUUGUUCGAACAGGUCGCCGAAGCCUCGGGGUGGCCGAUGGAGCAGCGCGCGGUGCGCCUCCUCCCCCUCCUGACGGGAGAGGCGCAGCUGGCCGCGCUACAGCUCCCCGUCGACCGCCGGCUGGCCUACGCGGACCUUCGCCGGGCCGUCCUCCAGCGCGUGGGGCGCACACCAGAACAACAGCGCCAGCGCUUCCGCGCGCUGCGGUUGGAGGAAGUCGGCCGGCCGUUCGCGUUCGGCCAGCAGCUCCGGGACGCCUGCUGGCGGUGGCUGAGGGCCGACAAUCGCGACGCCGAGGGAAUCAUCGAUCAGGUGGUGCUGGAGCAGUUCAUCGCCCGCUUACCAGCCGGAACCGCAGAGUGGGUCCAGUGCCACCGCCCGGCGUCGCUGGAUCAGGCAGUAGGACUGGCGGAGGAUCAUUUGGCGGCUGUUCCGGCGGCAGGACAGCUGACGACGUCUUCUCUCUCUCUUUCUCCUCUCCCUUCUGUGUCCCGUCCUCGCCCCAUUCCCCCACCACGGAGACGGGGGCCGGCUCCACCCCAGCCGGCCCGCCGCACCCGUGGUGCCCUCUCGUUUCUCCCUUCUGUGUCUGUCUCUCCCCCAGCUCAGGUGAGUGAGCCCCAGAGCACCGGUGCAGAGGGAAAGCCCGGGCCGGUUUGCUGGCGCUGCGGGCAGCCGGGCCACCUGCAACAACAGUGCGCAGCAAUGGAGGUGGGCGCGGUGGUAUGGAUCCCCGACGCGCCAGAGGUUGCCCUCGAUCGGGCCGGAGCGUAUCGCAUACCGACCGACGCGUCGGACAGAGGGCUGGGGGCGGUGUUGUCCCAGGAGGUGGAGGACCGCCCCAUCCUGUACAUGAGCAGGAAGCUGUCGGUGCGUGAGGGGCGCUACAGCACUAUUGAGAAGGAAUGCCUGGCGAUCAUGUGGGCGGUCCUCGCCCUCCGUUACUACCUGCUGGGGCGCCCUUUCACCCUCUGUUCGGACCACGCGCCCCUCCAGUGGCUCCACCGCAUGAAAGAUGCCAAUGCGCGGAUCACCCGUUGGUAUCUGGCACUCCAACCCUUCAAUUUCAAGGUGGUCCACAGGCGGGGGGCGCAGAUGAUCGUGGCGGACUUCCUCUCCCGUCAAGUGGGAGGGGAGUCGGCUGCGGGCUGGACGGGCGCCCGGCCUGAGUCGGGCGGUGGGGGUAUGUGGCAGCGGGGGCGUGGUCAAGCGCCGGUCUGUGACAGGAGGGCAGAGCCAGGGAAGGUGAGUGGCAGAAUCACUACACCUGACGGUAAUUAACCUGUGUUUGUGUGUCUUCCCAGUAACCGCGCCCUAUUUAAGGAGGCAGAGGGAGAGCAGAGGAGAGCUCUUCCCCCGGACAAGAACACAGCGUGUGUGUGUGUUUAUCUAAUAAGAACGAUUGUUAUGCUGAAAAGUCUGGCAAUAAAAGCCUGUCGUUACCUGAA